AUGGCCUCCAGCAGCAUCGCUGAACGACCACUGGAAGACUACAUUUCGCAGCACCUCUGGCAGAUUAUCUGCUCCAAAAAGAAUCAGCGCAAGAUAUUCGGUCGAGGCUCUGCCAAACCUCAGACUCCGCGGUUCAUUCUCCAAUUGCUGAUGCUUAGCAAAACGCUCGAACGUCGAAGGGAGCGUCCAUUCAUCAUCAUUAUGGAUAGAUGUGAAGAACAUGCAAAAAGGGCUGUCGAUGUCCUCCGAAAACAUCCUGACAUGCAGGGCUUUGGGUUCGAACUCCUGGCCUGUGAGGACAAAUGGGACUUCUGCACCAAAUCUACGGCGUAUGGCACGGCUCUUGGACUGAGUGCCCCUGAGUUCGCCUGGCAGGCACCAUGGCAGGACACCCAUACGCAACAUUUGAGCCGUCUUAAUGAAGGGGACCGCGAAAUGUCUUUGAUACUCUCUGGGCGGCUACUCAAAAUUAGAAGUGCCGCUGCCAGUGAUGAAACUUGGAAGGUUGGAGGUUACCUCAAAUUCGGUAAGGAGCGUUCUGCCCUCACUGCAGCUCACGCUUUCAUGAAAGAUUUAGAUGACCAGCCCAAUGAUUACAGUUUGGAUAAUUCUGAAGAUGGGUCUGAAUCGGAGUGUGACAGCGAAAGUGACGAUGACAAUGACGACGACAAUGACAGCGACAUUGACGGCGACAUUGACGGCGACAGCGGAAACAUUAAUGAUGGUAGAAACAACGACCCAACACGCAGCUCCAACGCUGAUCGAACCAAUGACCACUUGGUUCAAUUUGACAUCGAGUCAGCAGCAGACGCUGGGGCUGACCAGCGUCACUGGAGUCCUGGGCCACAAUCCAUCAACCCGGCUCUAGACUGGGCAUUGGUCGGUCGGUCGCAUCGGCCAAUGGUGCAAAUAAAACCCCCAGAAUGCCAUCGUGUUCAACAGGUAUUUCCAGGAGUCUCUCCGCCAAAUCGGCAGAUCUUGAUGUUCUGCGGGAAAUCUGGGCUGCUUUGGGGCAAGCUCCUAGGAAUGUCGAGCAGCAUCUCACUGCCUUGGAACUCGAAGUUAGCCAAAAGCCAGGUGACUGUGGUAUCUUGGGUCAUGAGCCUAGAUCUCCGGACUCUCUACGGGAUUGUCAUUGCUUGUAGUCCUGCAAUGAAACUCACCUAUCUCAUUCCUGCUGAGGCCAUUUUUCGAGACAUUUUUCAGAGAAUAGGUCUUCCGGAAGAUGCCAUGAGCAAGUUGGACUGUUCUCAGGACCCAGAGCCCGUCUCCAAUAAGCUCUUGAAUCUCCCGGUUCAGAGCUGUCGGUUCAAUACCAUGCUCACCAUACGUGCAAGGAGUUUUGUGUGUCUCCGACAGGGUGAUUACGCAGCGUGCGCUUGCCAGGUUUUAAAAUUUCCUGGACUCCAAUCUGAACCCGAAUUGAGUUUCACCCUCCACGCGGAGUUCGCCUUCGCAACGGGCGACGAGGAUUGCGCAAAGCGCUGCAUUCAGGGGGCCACAUUUCUGAGCUUCUUGAAUGCCGCUCCUGGAAAUGGAGUUUCGCCUCGAACAUUUCUCAAAAUGGUCGAAAUUCGGGACCAGGUUGUGAUCUCUUAUGUGGCUGAGCUGUGCAAGCAUACUUGUGUUCACCGCUACUGCACUUCUGGCAGGACGAGCAACAUGGCGCCUGAUUUUAUCACGGCUCUGGUGAAGAGACCUGAUGGUCUUUGGGAUGAACGACAAGAGCUUUGGCCCUAUAUUCUCCCACUGAUUGUGAUGCGACAUCUAAGGCUCGGAAGGACCCAAGACGUUGUUGCAAUUGGCGAUGAUGCCAUAUCGAAGGAUUACGGUAAGACAUGUUCCUCCCGGAAUCCGACCGUGAGUUUUCAGACGGGGCAAUCCAAGCCAUGGGUUUUUGACUAA